AUGUCAUGGCAUGAGACGCUCAAGCUCACUAGGGUCGAGGAUUCUGAGGAGUUCAAGUUGUUCAGCGACCUUGUCAAUGGAGAUGUUACGGUUGAUGAUGCAGUACAAUGGAUCAUGACCACGACAAUGGACAGACUUGAAAGUUACGGGCCAGGAGGAACUAUCGAAAAGGCCGAUGAAAUAACAUUCAUAGCUAUCAUUGAGCUGGCUAUGCAAAUCGAUACAACUCAGUAUGGUCCAUUGAUUGAGUUCCUGGGAGAAUUAAAGCUGUACAAUGCCGUCCAUUCAUCAACUGGGUUGAUCCUAAAAACACAAGAUGGAAGCAGAGUAUGGUCGCAUCUACCAUCCCUGACUUUCUGGGCCCGCAAAAUAUGGAAUGACCAAAUGACAUACGUCUGCGACCCGGAUAUGGAACUCAAUCAGAAAAGCAGAUGGGCAAAGCUGAAUAUAUUUUUGGCACAAGUCACACAAGCUGCAGAUGUGGAAUACAAUUCCCCAUUGCAAGCGUGGAUCAGUGAUGCUAUGGAUUUAUCCCAUAUGGGCCUUUGCGGGCUUCGCCAUGUGUUCGAAGAGGGCAUUCCAUUCGAACAAGUUGCCUCUACAGCUGGUCUCCCUGGCGUGUGCCACUGGCUAAUUUGUGCCGGUGAUAGAAUAUGGGAAAAUGUACUAAAUGGCCGCAAAUACAACAAGUAUGAUGGUCGACCCGGAGAAAUGUAUUCAAAUCGCAGUUGGAGGGGGUUUGAACGCGAGAGAUGGGAUGUAUGGGUGCAAGGGCUUCGUGAAGCGAAAGCUAUGUGCACACCUAGCCAGGAAGCCGUGAGAGACUUGAUAGACCGUGCUCUGUCCAAGGUAGACGGUGUAAUGAACAAUGAGAUUUCAUCCAGCUAA